AUGGACAUUUUAAUGAAAUCAAUUAAGGAAUCCAGAGAAACAUCCAAUCGAACGUUGACGCAAAUCAUUGAAACUGGAGAAAAUCUUCCUCCAGAAUUUCGUGAUGUGAUUUCUUCAAGGACUCAUGUAGCAGAUGGAGAAUGGGUUCCAACACGUGAUUAUGACCGCAUGCGGUAUUCUGUGGCAAGAAACCCUAAAAGAUUUAUUUCUAAUUUAUCGCGUUUGGUUUUUACGGAUAAUUUUCUCAAAGCUUUAAGUGUGACGGAGAAGAAAAGUAAUGCAGUAAAAGAUGCAGUUGCAAAACCCGCUUUGGACGCUAACAAACUCAAUGCAAUUCUUGUUCUGGCAGAACAUUGGAUGAAAAACAAGCUGAAAUUAAACGAGGAUGAUAUCAUAUCACAUUUAAAGAACUCUACAGAUUACAUAGGACGAGUUAUUUCCGAAUUAAAUCGCAAACCAAGAUCUACCAAAAGGACAAAGAAGAUAAAAAAAGGAACUGGAGAAAAUUGUAAGAAGAAGAAAGUUGAGGUUCACAGCGCAGAGAAGGAAGAAGUUAACAAAGAGGCGGAGAAUAAUGAAGAUGAUAAAACAGUUCAAGGGGAAAGUGAUGCAGAAAGUUUGGAAGAUAUCGAAAAUCAAGAGACUCUCAAUGAAGAAAGUGAUAGAAGCGAUCAAGAUAAUGAGGCAAAUUCCAGUGAGACUGCAAGUGAAGAAGAAUCAUAAUUUUUUCAUUUUUAAAAAAUUAAUUACAAAAAAACAUAG